UGGUGACACUCUAACUGUUGUGUCGCGAAAUUUUUGUAAUCAGCUGUUUGAAGCUUCUAGAUUAUAUUUAGUUAUUGUAACUGUUAUUUUGAUAUAAUCUACUUAAUCUUCUGCAAAACUAUUUGUUAUUAUAUCAUGAUUCAUUGAUUACUUACAAUGCCCAAAGAAAUAAUUAUGUUAUUUUAAUAGCCCUUAAUGGUCAUUUUUGUCAAAAGUGUUGAGUCAAACAAGCUGUUUUUAGUUGUUGUUAACAACAUACAAUGAUUAAAAAACUUGCUGUAUUAUCAGUGCCUGUAAAACUGCGACUUUUUCAAAUAAUGACAAUCAGCUGUUUUGAGGUUCCUAUAAUUCACAUUGUUGAGUUUCAUUUGUUGUUAAUUUUAAAUAAUGGCUCUUAAAUAUAUUGAUAUUGGUGCUAAUUUGACUGAUAGCAUGUUUCGUGGAAUUUACGGCGGUGUUCAGAAACAUCAAAAUGAUUUUCACUUGGUGCUUGAAAGAGCAUGGAAACAAGGUUUGCAGAAAAUGUUCAUAACUGUUGGUACAUUAAAUGAAGCAGGCGAAGCUUUGGCAUUGUCCAAUCAAGAUGAGCGACUUUUUGUGACAAUGGGCUGUCAUCCAACACGUUGUGGUGAAUUUCUACCUGAUCCCGAACAAUAUUACCAGGGACUACGUUCAAAAAUUUCUAAUAAUAUUAGUAAAAUAAUAGCAAUUGGGGAAUGCGGAUUAGAUUAUGAUCGCUUACAUUUCUGUGAAAAAGAAACACAAAAAAUAUACUUUGAAAAGCAACUAAAUUUUGCUGCUGAAUUUAAGCUUCCUUUAUUUUUACAUUGUCGUAAUGCACAUGAUGAUUUUAUGGAAAUAUUAACACGAAAUCGUGAUAAAGUUUGUGCUGGCGGUGUUGUACAUAGUUUCGAUGGUACAUUAGAUGAAGCUCUCAAAAUUUUAUCAUUCGACGGUCUGUACAUUGGUCUAAAUGGUUGCUCGCUAAAAACUGCCGAAAAUUUAGAAGUUGUUAAACAAAUUCCUAAUGAUAAAAUUAUGAUUGAAACCGACUGUCCAUGGUGUGGUAUACGACCUUCGCAUGCAAGCUCAAAAUAUGUUAAAACUAAAUUUGCAACUGUAAAGAAGAAAGAAAAAUGGACUGCCGAAACAUUGAUAGAUGGACGCUGUGAACCAUGCCAAAUUAGUCAAGUACUGGAAGUUAUUGCCGGCAUCAAGGAACAACCUGUAGAAAAAUUAGCAAACAUAUUUUAUGACAAUACGUUAGAACUAUUUUUUAAUAAAAGAGAGUACUGAAAUCUUU